CCCCGGAAGCGCUGCGGGAAGAGGAUGCUGAUGUUGGACUAAACAUGGCGGCCCGCGGCCAAGGGGCUGCUCUGUCGCGGGCCGCGGUCCUGACGGUUCUUGUGCUUGUGCUGUUCUGGGCGGGCCCGGUCGGCGCCCGCGUCCAUCAUCUCACCCUCAAAGAUGACGUGAGGCAGAAAGUGCACCUGAAUACCUUUGGCUUCUUCAAGAAUGGUUUCAUGAAAGUCAAUGUCAGCAACCUUUCAUUGAAGCCACCUAUGAACUCUGACAGGGAUGGAUUAGUGGGAUUCAGCUUGGAUCGAACAAGGAAUGACGGGUUCUCCACUUACCUGGAUGAAGAAGUGGAUUAUUGUAUCUUGAGGAAGAAACCAGAGCAAGAUGUCUCUGUUGUAAUUUUACUUCUGAACUUUCAAUCUGACACUGUGAAAGUAAAGUUCUCUGCAAAAGCUGCUUCUUUGUUACCUAAAAUUUCAUUCACAUCUGAGGAAAAUGUUACAGCCUUAAGUACCAAGCCAGCAAAAGCUUCUGAACAGAGCAGUGAUUCUGGCAGAAGUCCUGCAAAGUCCAACGAAAAUGCAGACAGCAAAAAUAAGAAGUCCAAACGAAGUACAACACCCUCCCAGGACACAAUAGAACAACAAUAUCCUGUUCACAAUGACAGAGGAACUGUUUCAUUUCAGUUUUCUUUUAACAUCAGCUCUGAAAACCAAGAAGGUCUCUACAGCCUCUAUUUCCAUAAAUGUCCUAGCAGUCAAGAUGAGAAGGGUAGCAAUCAUCGGCUGUUUAGUCUUGAUAUAGAAAUUACAGAAAAGAAUCCUGAAAGCUACCUCUCAGCGGGUGAGAUCCCACUGCCAAAACUUUACAUUUCCAUGGCUAUCUUCUUCUUCCUUUCUGGGACUGUGUGGAUCCAUAUACUUCGUAAACGCAGAAACGAUGUCUUUAAAAUUCACUGGCUAAUGGCAGCCCUCCCUUUCACUAAAUCUCUCUCCUUAGUCUUCCAUGCGAUCGACUAUCACUACAUUUCUUCUCAGGGAUUCCCUAUUGAAGGCUGGGCUGUUGUUUAUUACAUUACUCACCUACUGAAAGGUGCUCUUCUGUUCAUCACUAUUGCCCUUAUUGGCACAGGCUGGGCUUUCAUUAAACACAUCCUGUCAGAUAAAGACAAAAAAAUUUUCAUGAUUGUCAUCCCACUUCAGGUACUGGCAAAUGUGGCAUUCAUUAUCAUAGAGUCAACAGAAGAGGGGACAACUGAAUAUGGACUGUGGAAAGAAAUCCUCUUCUUGGUAGACUUGUUAUGUUGUGGAGCCAUCCUAUUUCCAGUGGUAUGGUCUAUAAGACAUUUACAGGAGGCUUCAGCAACAGAUGGGAAAGCUGCCAUUAACCUAGCAAAGCUGAAGCUGUUCAGACAUUACUAUGUCAUGAUUGUGUGUUACAUUUACUUCACACGGAUCAUUGCAAUUCUCAUAAAGAUUGCUGUUCCAUUCCAGUGGAAAUGGCUGUACCAGCUGCUGGAUGAAAUGGCCACACUUGUGUUCUUUGUCCUCACUGGGUAUAAGUUCCGUCCAGCAUCAGACAACCCUUAUCUACAGCUUUCUCAAGACGAUGAGGAUGACUUGGAGAUGGAAGCUGUGGUAACGACUUCUGGAGUGAUGGAGGGCAUGAAGAAGGUCAAGAAAGUGGUGAACGGUUCAGCAGAGCCCCAGGGCGAGUGGGAAACCACAGCAUGAGGGACUGCACUGAGGCAGCACUUCCAGAGAAACUUCUUUUUUUUUAAUUUAUUAAUAUUACUCUCAGUGGAAAGGAAGCAACUGGCACUUCCCACCACUGAAACUGCAGAGUGGGGUGUGCCUAGGGGGGAGCAAAGCAAAGCAGAAAUAUAACUAUUCCUCUGACCAUAAGAAAUGGGAUCUCUUGGUACCUGCAAGGAGCCUGAAGCUUUCCUAGGGAUUUGGGGUAGCUUUUUUUUUUCAUUUUCCCCCUUUCUGGAUUGAUUAGGUGUUCUGAAUUAUUUGCAGUUGCCUUCUCCAGAAUGUGUAAUACUAAUGUGAAGAGAGAGACCUUUAGUGUGUAUGUAAAGUAUAUAUUUUAUAUAACGUGCAUAUCUAUAUACACACACUUGCUAUGUAACGUAUGCUGAGAGUUCCAAGUGUGUCAGAAGGUGGCAAAAGAAGAUGAGAGAUGUAAGUAUUCUUUUUUGUUUGUUUGUUUGUUUUUAUAAACUCUCCUUUUGGCUUGGACAAAACAUUGCAAAACAAAGUCAUAGAAGCACCUGCAGUUAUUUGAGUGACUAAAUGGGUUAUUGGACCAGAUGACUUCUGCUGCUGCUCACGUCAGUGGGAGAGUUGAUAAGUACCGUCUGGUCUUAGCCAUGCAGAUAUCCACUGGAACAUGUCAGGUUUUCAAAUGUAUUGCCAUACAGGAAGCAAGUGACUGUUCUCCAUUAAAGGCACUAGCCCCUAGUGCAAUAAGCAUUGGUGUAAAUUCUGCCCUGUUCAUGGAGCUGCUCUUGAUUCACACCUACCUGACGAGAAGUACACAAGAGGUGUAAGACUGAUGCUUGGUUUUUAGGGGGCUGCCAUGCUGUCUUCAACAUUUAAUUUCAAGUUGUGACCCAGAGCACUUUCGUCUGCUUUAAACAAUAUUUUCAAGGUAUCUCAAAGGACACUCUGUUCUGGCACAGUAUAAACAGUACCAGCAUCUUCAGUGGAAAGUUGUCUGGCAGAUGUACUGAAGCAUAAAUCUGUGGUUCACCAUUAUCCUGAGUUAUUUAGCCUCUCUGGGUGGUUACUUGUACCUCUCUGGCUAUGUAGGAUUAAUGAUACUGCUAUUGGAGGUGAGCUGAACUGGUAAAAAUGGUAUUACUGCCAAAACCAGGCAACUGGAGCUCCCAGUCCUCAGUGGUUUUUGUCAGGACAGGAGAAGGUUAUGACCAGAACCAGAAUGCAGGGGAGUUACAGAAGUCUUGACUAUUAGCUGCAAACUUGCAGUGGAGCCUUUAGAGCCACGUUACAAACGCCACGUGCAUUUUAUCUGUAGUACUCUGCUAUGGUCAGUAAGGCAAGCUGGUGCCCAUAGCUGUAGUAGUAAGGCAUAGGAAGUGAUUGUUAAUUUGGGAAGGACAGAAGUGAUUCACUGAUGUAGUGAGGAUAAUGAAAAAUAAACCAAGUCUAACUCACUGACCGACUGAAGCCUUAAUACUCAUGUAGAGACAUUGACACAUGGUGCUGUGGAGGAAAGUGCUUCUGUCAGGGUGACAGGGAUAGGCAUCAUCACAGAGCUUGGGAUGUGCCAAUGUCUUGACAAGCUCAUUUAGGGGUUGCUUUUGUACUGAAGGGACUACAUCUCUGCAGCACAACUGAUUAGAAGACUGUUAGCCUCUAGGUUCUUCAAGUUUAGAAGGAGGAUUUUCUUUGUAACUUGGAACUGCUUCUUCCUCAGCCUUGAACAGAGAUUGUAGAGCUCUUUGAGCUGUCUGUGCCCAGACUGGUUGUUUCAGGGGCAGCAUUGUUUUCUCCAGUUGCCACUUCUCUUCCCAGGUUCUGUGCAUCGUAGAAAUUAACAUACUUGCUUUGAUACCUGGAACUGGUUUAAGCUACAGCAUAAGAGUAGCCCUCUUCUCUGGGUACAGAGUCCUCUUCUAUGUUUUCUGCCUCAGCUGUAACUUCAUAGCAAUCACAGCAGUGAUAGUUUGACUUCUGCUAUCAUUGUCUAGCAAUGAUAGCAAUUUUAGUGGAAACAGAGAGCCUACACCACUAGAAAGGCUGUUAGGUGAUCUGUGAGCCUCUUGGGCCUUCUGUGUGAAGAAAUCUUCUACAUAUGAAGUAUCUGAGGUCUGAGAAGUUGGACUAUAAACACAGGCAGUGCCAGCUCAUUAUACACUUCAAUACAGUACCUGAAAACCUCAUCCUCUCACUCCCCAGUUAGUCUGUCACUGUGGAAAUGUCACUCUGCAUCCAAAGGCCUGCUCAGAUCUGAACUUUAUUCAGAGUAGUCCACUGGAGACUUGCAGUCUGUUGGCACUGAGGUGUGUGAGAGAGAAGGGUUUGCUGUCAGUAACAGAAGUGUGAUAGCUGUUAAUCUGGACACGAUGCCGUUUCAGAAGCUGGUAAUACCUUCUGCAUUUGAGAUGUGACAUUCUGAUGGCUGUGGCAUUUGGGCCAAACACCUGAGGGGCUGUGCUGGGAUCCCAGUAUGUGCUGAGCUGCUUUUACACAGCUGCCUGUUCAAUACCUCAGCACCAGUGGAGCUGCCCAUCUGGCAGGUGCUCUUACCUCAGUCUCAGGUUGCAUUGGGGUAUUGUAUAUGCGCUUUUUUGCUGAAGUUGUAGAUGGUGUUGGUUUAUCUGCCAAGUCCCUGGCUCACUAGUCAAAAGGCCAAAAAUCUGGAUGACUUUAUUUUUUGUCUUGGCAUGAAAAGCCAUGGCAGUACUCUGGAAGUGUUUUCAGAAGAGCUCUGCCCAGGUUCAGACCAGCUGUACAACUACCUUUAGCUGGCACUUGAUGCAGGGUGGUAACCAGCAGUACAAUAGUAACUAGCCAGAAGUAAGCAUUAGUGAAUGUGGAUGUACAAGUCAAAAUAGAGGGAGAGAAGGUUCUCACUGCAGCCAUUUCCAAAGUGAAUUUCCACAUUUUCUGGUCGAAGCCUUCAAAAAAUGUCUUGCAGGGUUGUCUGAUGGAUUGGACAAAACCUGGAAUGUUGGAGGAUGGAGAGGAUGGCUGCAGAGUGUGUGCUGCACAGCAGAGCAUCAAAGGGAGGGCUGCUCCCUCCCCCUUCCUCCCAAGGCAAUCCCACAUCUGCAUGACUGGCAAGUGCAUGACUCUCUGUUGGAAAGCAGCAGCUUGGAGCUCACCAGGCAGGAUUAUCUCGGUGCUUGCCUGUCACACACUGCCAGCUGUCUGCUAGGGAGCUCUGGCUUUCAUGGGGAGGGAAAAUAGAAUUGUUCCUUGUGGCUUAAAGAUGGUUUUGGGAUAUGGCCUUACUUUCCUCUCUCUGCCUUUUACUGAAGUGAGCAAAUAAAACAACUGCCCCAUGAGUGCCCAGUGGUGUAAUGACAGGAGCCCUGGAAAAGCAGGUCUGGUGCAGUUCAGAAUAAAUGGGGUUGAAUGCAUUCACAUCCAUUGCUGCAGUGGAGUGCUCACCACCUUCUGCAGACAAAAAUGAGAUUGGAUCAGUCUUCAGUUGCAAAGCAGGUUAUGCCCCAAUAAAUCCCUGUCGCUGAUGACAUGCAAAUGGCACUGAUGCACUCCUCCUUCCUGCUGUAACUGUGCAGCAACCUGUCUUCCAGAGGAAACCUCCUUGCAGUGCAGCUGACAGACUCUUGCAUUCUUCAGACUUAAAAUGUUUUCCUUGAUGGUUCAUCAAGAGAUGUACUAAAAGAAAGCAAGACAUAAUGGGGUCAUCUGGAACAUGCUGCUGCUCGCUCAAAAUGUAGCAGUUCGAGUUGAAGAAGCCACAUGCUGUCCUAUUAAGAUGCUCUUUCAUGCUGUCAUCUAACUCAGCAUGUCAUGAUCUGUGCAGUGCAUUGUUCAGUGUUUCUCUCCAGCUGAGUGUCCUGUUCCUGGAUUUCCAUGCUGGCAUAUCCUAGGAGCAUGUUGUAAAAAUUUGCUGCAUUGCAGUAUUUUGUCUUGGAGCUAGUAAUGUGGAAGGUGUAUUUUUCUGAGCUAAGUGGACUCUCUCUAGCAUGAGUGUGCAUCCACUGUGUAUCCUUAAGCACUGUAACAUUCCUUCUGGCCUUGUCCUAUAAUCAGCCCAGGGUGGACAUGUGGUGAAAGCCCAAUAGGAGAUUUCUAAUGUUUAAAGUCUUUCAUACCAUGCAUACACUCCUCUUAGAGGAGGGUUCCUGCUUUAGCAGAGGUUAGACUAGAUGACCUUUAAGAGGUCCCUUCCAACCCCUGCCAUCCUGUGAAGAGAAAUGCAGUCUGGCUGAUGGUAAUCAAAUUGAUGAGAAAGGGGAUGGGUUUUGGUUGAGGGGUUUUUAUUCUAUUUGCAAUUUGCCUGGCUGCAUUUCCAGCAAAUACUGGGUAUUUGUUCAGUUGAGCUCUGAGAACUAAUGUUGCUUAUCUACUAAAAAAAUAAUCAGGUAGUGAUGCAGGUAUUGAAAGGAAGGGAAUCCCUCCUCCUUCAGUCCAUCUGGUUUGUCUCCUUCAGUUUGACCUCUCAGGAUAGCCAAUAGGCUACUGUCACUUUAAAGCAAAUGUGUUUUAUUGAUUCUGUGUUAUGACCACUUAAAUCACAACACAUUUCCCCAUUUUUCCCCUUUGUAAGGAGCACAGAGCUGGGGGCUGCAGCGGGGGGAAGGCACAGUGAUGUCUGAAACAUAACAGGCCUCACACUGUUUGAAACCCUGUGUGCAACUUCAGUAACCUGAAUGUUUCAUGAAAACUGAGGUGGUGCUGCCCAGAGGCACCUGAGUAAUGGUGGGUUUUUUAUGUUCCCUGGGGUUGCUUUGCUGGAAGAUGUUGUUCUAAAUUGGGUAAAUCUGGCAUUUCUUGUAGCUGCUGGGUAUGGUGCUGUUUGGGCCUGUUAGCAAUACUGGGAAGCUGUGUAGUUUCCUCCUUGUAUAGUUUCUCUCUUUGAUAUAGCAAUGAUCCUGUAAGAACUCUGCAUGGUACGUACUUGCAGGUGGCUGGAACGGGAUUUAAGGCAAAUACCGAGAUACUCAUGUGUUAAGUGAUGGUGCUGGAAGAAAGUAGCCAAGGCAAAAGUCACUCCUGUAGGCUGACUGCCUCAAGAACCCAUUUGUGUUUUGACUGCAGCAAUCCUGUAGAAAGGACAAUUCUUAAUAAAUAUUUCCCUGUGGGAUUUCA